UCGUUCCUUAAUGGCACAAAACUAUCAGUGUUGUGUUGAAUAUUAUCAACUACUUAAUUUUUAAUAAUUAUCCGGCAACGCUCGUUAGCGUCUUUGUCUUCGCAUUAUAUGCACCGCCUUUGGAUUAGGCAAAGCGUUUCAAUUCUUCAGUUACGGUCGAAAUAAGCAGACAUUUUUGAUUGAAACACUGUGUAGUGUGAAUAGAAAAGCAUAUAGAAAAGAAAGUUUUUGGAAGUUGUUUCGAAAUUCGGGUGAAAAGUGAUACUGUUUGAAAGACGCCGUAUAGAAUUAGUUUUUAACAUAAUCGAGAAGAAGCAGGCGUCAAAAAGACAACAUGGGUAAAACUCAAAGCAAACGUUCAGUUGAUAUAACCACCGAAGCUAAGAAGACUCCAGAUGAAGAUGUUGGAAAGUUGGAAAAAAUUGAAGAUCUCGAUCAAAAGCAAUUGAACGGCGAUGCAAGUUCUCAGGACAAUGCUGAAACGGAGGCGUUACAGAAAAAGGGUGGCGAUGAAACUGAGAAUGACAAAGAUUUGACAACCGAAAAGAGUGGAGGCGAAAGUGGGGCGCAAGAUGGCGGCGGUGAUAGUAAUACAGGACAGUGUAAUACAAGUGCUGUGGAGCCAGCUUCUAAGGAAGACGACUCAGCCGCCUCUAAAGACGGUAAUAAAACGGCUGAAGAAAUCUCGCCUCUAGCCGACGAAAACAACAAGAAGCCCAAGAAGGAGAAGGUAAAAAAGAAAUGGUCUUUCCGUAGCAUCUCGUUUGGGAAAAAAGAUAAACAAAAGCCAGUAAAGUCCGAGGAUGCAGCAACAGAAACUGCGGCGACCACAAAUUGUGAAGCUGCGGCUCAACCAGGUGAAGGAGCUGCCACAGAAGAGACGGCCGACGACGAAGCAGCUGGAGUAUCUGAAGCAAAAAAAUUAUGCGAGAAGCCCGUUGAAAACGGCGGCAAUAGCUCUGAGAAAGAAUUGCAUGGCGAGAAAACGUCUACAUCAACCACACCAACCGAAGAGCAGCCAACAAAGGUAAUCUCUUCUAAUGAAAACGCCACCAACAUCACUAACAAUACCACCGAAACAAAAAACUCAGUUGAGAAUAACUCAACCACUGCCACUGAAAAUAAUCAGACUGAGAAGCAAACUACUACCACUGCCAUUAUCGCAGCCGCAGAGACUUUUGUAAAUCCACCCUCUGUCGUGAGUAAUGGCGAUGCAACCGAAAAUAACGGCACAGCUGCGUUAUCGACUGUUGAUGACCAGAAAGAUCAAGUUAAAGACAAAGCAACAGACUUGAUGGGAGAAACGUCUGACGUUGCCGAAAAAAUUAAAAGCAUUCCAAACGAGGUGUCCGAUAACAACGCUGUACAUCAAAAUGGCACGAGCGCAAACGGUGAAGAGCUCGAAACCGAAAUCGAGUCCAAAUCACAAGUUGAGGUAAUAUUCCAAACAGAUCCAGCUGCCCUCACAGACGAUUUAGUUACUUUGACUACCGCUACUACUUCCUCCUCACCCAAAUCAACCCCUUUUUUACUCCCUGACCCCAACACUGAAUCGGCUAAGAUCGAAACUGGCACACCAAUCAGCGAAAGUAUGAUUACAGAAUUGACUGAACGUAAAAUUGAACAAACAGCUAUUGCUACAGAUAGCGCCACAAGUGUUGUGGUUGAUGCGGCUUUGAAGGCAAUCGAACCUGUAUCAACAUCUAUAGUUUCAGACACAGUUUCAAUUGUAGUCGCCAAUGUUGAUGCAGGGAACGAAGAGCCGUUGGAGCCUGCAUAUCGCAACGCAAAUCAACCAGCUCAAAGCGCAGUCGGAAGUCAUUAUGAAAAUGAAGGCGAAGAUUUGAGUACAGCAGUAAGUGCAACAUCAACGGCUCAAGAUUCCCCAAAACCUCCUCCGCUACCUGUUUCCCCACCACCCUCACAGGUGUCGGUUUUUGCAUUCAAUGACAACAAUCAAGCCGAAGAAGAAGGGAUUUGUGCCGCUUCCCCAGAAAUUGUUACUGGAAUCGGAACCUCCGAACCAUCAUCCGCAGUUCCAUGCAGUGAUAUCAAUAGAAUGCCUGAUUUACAACAAUCUUCUAAUGAAGAACUCUUAAAUAAAGAAGAUAUUGCAAUCGAAAUUCUCUCCUCCUCACUUGAGACAAAGUCUGCCACAACCGCGCAAAGUGUGCAAAAUGAAUCUAACACAGAAACGAUUACGGCUGAUGCUAUUGAAAAACCUGAAAUUUUGGAAGUGGCAGAAAAUUCCAUCAAACAAGUGGAAGAAAAUUCAGUGGAAAAAUUAGCAGCCAAUGAAGAGCUUUCGACUACCAGCCUUCCUAAUUCAACGGGCGAAAUCGCACGAUUACGGGAACACACUUUAGAAAAUAAAGAAGCAGAAUUCGUAAAGGCGGCCACAGCAGUGGUAGAUGAAAUAACCGAAAAAGCUGUGGAGCUAAUUCACCAACAGAAAGAUAAUCAUCCACAGCCAGAAGUUGAUGUAUCAGACGAAAUCAUUGCAACAAAUCAUGAUCUUAAGACUGAGAAUAUCGAAAUUAGUAACCAUUCUAGCGAUGGCAUUAAAAAUAAUGCAAUUUUAUUGAAUUUCGUAGAUGCUCCUAUACAGGAGGUAAUAGCCCAACUGGAACCUUCAACUAUUAAAUGUGAUGCAACUACGCCGUUGGCUGAUAAAUCACACUUGCAUGGCUGCAUAAAAUCGACUGAUAAGCAUUUAGUUGAUACGGAAAUUCGUAGUGACAGUGUGGUCAGUGUUAAUGAAGCUCAAAAUUAAUGCGGCGACAACAAAUAAUUAACGAACGAACAAAAAAUACAGCACUUUAAAAGAUACGAUUAAAUAUGAAAACGAAAACAUUGCCGCCUAUGCAUCCAAGGAUAUUACUAACGCUAAGGAUCUAAAAGAGAGUGCUGCGGCAGAGGUCACAACACAGGAUCUUCCCGUUAUAUGCGAAUAAUCCUACUCAUAAUUAUAUUAUACAAACAAAAAAAAAA